CUUUAGAUUUCACCUUUAAACAUCUGGAAAGUUCUUUCAUUGUGUCUGAAUUCUGAAGCUCAUCUGUGCUUCACUGCUCGGUGCUCUUUUUAGCUUUAAGUUACGUCGAUCUAACGUCUGUCUCUUCUGUUCUUUUGAACCCCUUGUCUUCUUUUUCCCAACCUCAGCUGUGAGAGGAAGUGACCUUGUAUGUGGUGCAAACUUGCUCUGAUUAGUGUACAAGGUUGAAGCAGAGCAGCCAUGUUGCUCACCAGUUCCACCGCUUUCUUUUUAUUUUUUAUAGCUCUAUCGACCUUUCCAUUUACAUCUAAAAGCAUAGUGCAGUUGAAAUAUCCAAAGCAGCCAGUAAGAAGAACAGAAGGACAGUCGUUGACUCUCAAAUGCACAGCAGAGUAUGAGGAAGUGCCUUGUGGAAACAUCUUGGUGGAUUGGUGUUUUUCGGUGCCAGAAGAGUGUUGGAAUCUUAUUGAUCCGGACAGACACUUGAUCCAGGUCAAUGAGACUAAAAAAGAUGGUGGUUUGAGGUAUCGAGAUGUUUCUAUUACAUUCACACAGCUGACUCUCAGGGACACUGGCUUGUAUCAGUGUAAAGCCGAAUGUCAGCACUUCGGAGCCUCAGCUGUAGGACAUCUCAUUAAUGUCACUGUAACAGGCCAGAAGGAGACCGAUGAAAAAUAGCUACCUUCAUGGAGUCACUAAUAAAGGUCGGGAGAUCCUUGAGUGAAGCGGAGUGACGGACGCAUGGAUACGGAUAUGGUUUCUUCUGACAAUCAACACCUUUAUUUUUUUUAUGGAUUUAUAAAAACCAGAUCAUAGGUCUUGAUUCUGAUCAUACAGAACGUUUUUCUUUCAUUCUAUUUUUACGUGUGCCAAUUAUUUAGUUAAGAGCUUACUGACAGGUUUGUUCUGCAAGACAGACUUUUAACGGACUCUAAAGUGAGAAAGGGUGAGAGUAAGAGAGAGAGAGGGGUGAGGUAACAGUAUUCUGUGGUUAGCCAACUGAAAAAAAAAAUAAACAUCUCUUCCUGUGAA